AUGGCGAGUCCACAAGCGGUAGAGGUAUCAAAUAAAACUUCAGGCGAGCCAAUCUAUACGUGGUCAGUUAAAGAGUUUCAGGAUCUAUAUACUCGCAUGGGAACAGGUGCUUUUAUGAUGAGUGAACGAUUUGCUUCUCCCCAACCUUUUACUAUCGAUCCGGAAACUGGUGUGAAAGACCCGAUUCACUGGUGGCGUCUCGUUCUUUAUCCGCAUGGCUACGCGAAUCAACCUGAUUAUUUAGCGGUAUUUCUUACGGCUUUUCGGUCAGAGUACGAAAAAAGGAACCAAGUUAAAUCAAGAACAGUUCAACGAUUUUGGUUUGAAUUGUUUAGAGUUGAUAAUCCUGAUGCUAAAUCUAAGAAACUUACACAUCUUGCUAUAAGAAGUUUUAAAAAGUCCGAUUUCGUUUUUGAAAGUCGGGAUGAUAUCCAUACUUUAGGCACUAGAAAGUUUGUACCUUUUACCGAAAUUUUUGCAGACGGAAAGAAUCAUAACAAUGUUACAUUAAUUAUACGAGUGCAUAUCAUCAAUGAAGAUCCAUUUACGAGAGAUUCUUUAAAUGAAGGAACAAAACCGAAUGAAAUAAAAGUAAAAUCAUUUUUAACUUCUUUCGAAAAAUAUUUUAUGGAUGAAAGAUACUGCGAUAUCGAAUUUGAAUUUGAUUGUGGUUCUAGAAUUAAAUCGAAUCGACUUGCUCUUGCAAGUCGUUCAGAAUAUUUUGAUUCAUUAUUUAAAGGUGAAUGGAGCGUUCCUGGAACAACACCAAUUCAUGUUACAGGCAUGAAAUUCCGAGUUUUUAAGGCAAUUAUAUACUAUCUUUAUACUGAUAAGCUGGAAGAAGGCCUAUCGCUGGACGUAUUACAAAAUCUUUAUUUUGAUUCUGAGGCAAGGCAUUUAGAUGAUUUAAAAGAAAUGGUUAUAACCCGAAUUGGUGAAAUGGCGGACAUUCACACUUGGGAUCAGAUUUUAAGAUUUUCUUUGAAGAUCAAUGAAGAAAAAUUGAAAAAAAUCGUUAUGAUAUUCCUUCAAUUCAAUUGGGAUGAAGUAAAACAGACAAAACAGAUGAAACGAAUGUUGAAGGAGGGAAAUGUCGAUUGGAUUAGCGUGAUUGAAAAUUUGGUAACAACGAAAAUUCUCGGCGAUUAG